CCCAUCUGUCUUGCGUUCAUCCGGCAGCCAGGCUUCUUCGCUACCAUGUCCGCCUCCCCUGUUUAUGUCGCCAUCAUCAACAACAACCUCCCGAGCCAGUCGAUCCUGAUCGACGUUGGCUCCGAGGGCGUUGCUCCUCCCACCUUCCCACACCAGGCCCAAGCUCAAGCCCAAACCCAAGGCGAAAAGCCCGCUUUGGGGUACUCUGGCGCACGCAUCUUCCACGAUCUCACCUCGCUCUUGCAGUGCAUCGAGACCGAGUUUGGCAUCGCAAACCCGCGCUUGACGCCCUAUCCCGUUGACCCGAGCCUGCUGCUCAAGUCUGCACUCGACAACCAAGCCGACCGGGUCUCUGAUCUCAAGGCCAGCAACCUCUGGUUUGCCAGCGGAUCUCCUGGUCGCCACCAGCUGCCCCUGCCUCCGGGCAAUGUGCUGGACCUGCUUCCGGCCCCCGCUUUGGCCAUGAUCGAUCUGAACCAUAAAUACGGCCACUUUUUUCCCGUUUCUCUGGGUCCUCGUCCUGCCGUCGUGGUUUCCGAUCCCUACUUGAUCGAGGAGAUCAUGAAACAGGAGGAUUGCUUUGGCAAGUUCACCAACGCCGGCCCCCUUCAUUAUCUCAAGCCAGUUACUGGCAACGGCUUGUUUACCGCCAAUGACGACGACCCGGUUUGGGGCAUGGCCCAUCGUAUCUUGCUCCCGGCGUUCUCUGUCAAAUCGCUGGGUUCCGCGGUUCCGCUUAUGAACCAGCAGACCAAGUUGCUGGUCGAAGCUUUCCGCACCCGUUUCCUUGAGAAGGACGAGACCUUUGAUAUCUCCGAGUGGAUGUCCAAAGUUACCUUGGACAUUGUCUCUCUCUUUGGCUUCUCGUACGAGCUCAACUCCAUCUCCAGCGCUGAGCAGCACCCCUUCGUUAAGCACAUGGUCUUCCUGUUUGAGUAUGCCAUGACCAAGAACAAACUCGGCCCGCUCUCGGGUAUCGCCGAUGGAAUCGACUGGUUCACCGGUGGCAACAAGGAACAGAAGGUUCAAGAGGCCGUCACCUUCAUCAUGUCAACCGUCAACGAGGUGAUCAAGGAACACCAGGCCGAUCCCGACAAGUACUCGGAUAUGUGCUCGCGCAUGCUCAAGACCGAGGACCCAGAAACCGGUCUCAAGCUAUCUGAGGAGAACAUUGCCUUCCAGAUCGUCACUUUUAUGAUUGCCGGUCAUGAAACCACAUCCAGUCUGCUGGCUUGGACUAUCUACAUGAUCGCCACCCAUCCCGAGGUUGAGCAAAAGCUCCGCUAUGAAAUCGAGACUGUGUUUGCCAAGGGCAAUGGCAACAUUGACGAGAAGUCUGUCGGCGAGCUCAAGUACACCCUUGCCGUUCUCAAGGAGACACUGCGCGUGUAUUCUUCUGCUCCUCUUUUCACCAAACAAUGCACUCGAGAUACAUUUGUCGGACCCUACCUCAUCAAGAAGGAUACCUCCAUUCUCUUCCACACCAUCAACACCCACCGCAAUCAGGCUGUCUGGGGCGCCAAUCCCGAGGUGUUCAACCCCGACAACUUCCUGCCCCAGAACGAGUCCAAGCGUCCUCAGUACUCGUACAUUGCCUUUGGAACUGGUCCUCGUGCCUGCAUUGGCUCUCAAUUCGCCCUGAUCGAAGCCAGAAUUGUGAUUGCCCAUCUCCUGCACAACUUCAAGUUCACGAUUUCCGAUGACGCCGAGCCUGUCCUUCAGGUCAAGCUGGCCCUUCUUACUCUGGAUCUGGAUACUGCCAAACCCGCCAGCUCCAACCGCAGCUUUGUUAUCCAAUCCGAGGCCGAUCGACUCGAUGUUGGCGAGGUCCUCGUGCUGUUCGGCACCAACAUGGGCACCAGCGAGGACGUCGCCCGCAACAUUGCCGACUCGGCCGUCAAGCUGGGCUUCAAGCCCACUGUCGCUUCUCUCGAUACCUAUGCCAACGAGAAGCUCUUUGGCUUCAAGUUUGUCAUCGUCGCGACCUCGACCUACAAUGGCAACCCACCCGACAAUGCCAAAAAGUUUGCCAAGUGGAUUUCUGCCCAGGGACAGAGUUCCCUCAAGGACACCAUCUUUGCCAUCUAUGGCGUUGGAAACAAGCAGUGGAAGACCUACCAGGACUUUCCUCGUUUUGUCGAGACCUCCCUCGUCAACCUUGGCGCCACUCCUCUCCUGGAGCGCGGUGCCGGCGAUGUGGAUGGCGACUUUGACACCGACACGCUCAAGUGGACCAGCCUCUUCUGGGCCAGCGUUGCCUACACCUUCAAGAUCUCUGGAUCAGAUGCCAGCAACGUCGUCGACCCCUCGCCCGCCUCCAACAGCAUCGAAGUCACCUGGGCUGGCAAAGCUACCGAUGCGUUCCUGCAGAACUUCCAAAACUCUGACAACAAUAUCAGCAGCCACUUGGGCCGCUUCCGAUACAUUGUCAAGAGCAAGACCCUGCUUACCAAACCCGGCGCCGUCAAGGAUGCUUGGUCGAUCGUGUUGGAGAUUCCCGCCUCCGAAACCAACAAGUACACUGCCGGUGACCACUUUGAGGUGUAUCCCCGCAACACCGAGGAGGAUAUCGUCAAGCUGUCCAACACCAACUCGAUUGCCAAGCGCGAGCUGCAGAUCUUUGACACUGAGAUCCCCCUUCGCUACGUUUUCAACGGCGUCGACAUUCGAACUGCCCCGACUCGCAACUUCCUCAAGUUCCUGUCGGGCUGCACCGAGUGUCCCCCCGAGAAGAACGCCCUCCUGCUGCUCGCCGGCACGGACGAGGCCUCGCUCCGAGCCUACACCGAGCAGAUUGCCAAGACCAAGGCCUCCAUCGCCGACGUGAUCGAGCGCUUCAAGAGCCUUCGCAUCCCUCUUGGCCAGUUCCUCGAGAAUGUUCCUCUCCAGAAGCCCAGACUGUACAGCAUCGCAUCGAGCAACCUCAUCACCCCAACCACGGUCGAGCUCUGCAUCGGCGUGCUGAACGAGGAGCACCACGACCUGAAGGGCCAGUCUGUGGUGUACAAGGGCCUGUCCUCCAACUUCCUCGCUGGACUCGAGGUCGGCGGCCCUCUCCUUGGCCACAUUCGUCCUCACGGCUCGGCGUUCAAGCUGCCCGAGGAUCCCAAGGCUCCCAUUGUCCUGGUCUGCGCCGGCACUGGCUUUGCCCCCAUGCGGUCCUUCCUCGAGGAGCGCAAGGGCCUCAAGCAGAAAGGCGUCGAGCUCGGCGAGGCCACCCUCAUCUUUGGCUGCCGCCAUCCCGACCAGGACGCCCUCUACUCGAGCGAGCUGCAGGCCCACCUCGAGUCGGGCGUGCUGACCCGCCUCGAGUACGCCUUCUCUCGCUUCGGCGGCCAGAAGGAGUACGUCCAGACGCUGAUCGUCAACAAGACCGAUCUGGCCGAGCAGCUCUGGACCGGCAUCAGCUCGCGCGGAGCCCAUAUCCUCCUCUGCGGCAGCACUGCUCUGGGCACGGCCGUCCGCGAGAGCUUCGUCAAGAUUGUCGAGCGCUUCGAUGGCCGCGGCAAGGAACGAGCCGAGCAGUACAUUGCUGCCCUGGCCGAGGCUGGCCGCUACGUCGUCGAUGUCUGGGGCUAAUCCGCACCGCAUCCAGCAAGCCAGUUUGCCCGACACGAGC